AUGCUCCAUCAAUUAAUGGAUGCUUUACGAGAGCAUUGUGUCACACUAGCUCACAUUUUUCUCGACUUCUGUGUCGAUUACGCAGGACCGUUUAGGGUAAAAAUCUCACGCAACGUCACUGAUAACUCAAUGAACUAUCAUUUCAUACCAGCUUCUUCUCCCUAUAUAGGAAGUUUAUGGGAAGCUGCAGUAAAAUGCGCUAAAACACAUUUACGGAAGGUUAUGGGAUCUUUUUCAUUAACGUUUGAAGAGCUAACUACAACAUUUGCUAAAAUCGUGGCUUGUCUUACUUCGAGAUUCCUCAUUCCUAUGUCAAGUGAUCCCACAGACUUCACACUUCUCACACAAUGUCACUUGAUUAUUGGCGAACCACUUACAUGUAUACCCGAGGAUGACCUUUGCGAGGUCCCACAAAAUCGUCUAACCAGAAUGCAACAUCUUACCCAGAUUAAGCAACAUUUUUGGUCAAAAAGGACACAAAAUUAUUUGACACAACUUCAUCAUCGAUCAAAAUGGACUUCUGUUCAAGGUCAAAAGAUCAAACCUGGUACAAUGGUUCUUCUACAAGACAAGGAUCUUCCUCCAAUGAAGUGGUACUUAGGAAGAGUAAUUAAAGUGCAUCCUCGAAAGAACGGACUUACGCGAGUCGUUACUGUUCAAACUAAAAGUGAUGUUUUCAAAAGAGCUUUAAAUAAGAUAUGCAUUUUACCAAUCAAAGAAAUAAAUGACAGAAUAUUCGGCUAA